AUGAUGGAGGGAGACAAACUCUGCUUUCCACAACUCAACACCUCCUGUACAAGGCCAAAGAGCUCUCACUCGGACACUGUGCUAAUUUACAUUGUGCUGUCCAUCAUCUCAAUGCUCACCGUAUCUCUCAACAUGCUGGUGAUCAUCUCCAUCUCACACUUCAAGAAGCUCCACACUCCUACAAACCUCCUCCUCCUCUCUCUGGCUGUCUCAGAUUUCUUCGUGGGCCUCCUCAUGUUCUUUCAAAUCAUCCUCAUAGACGGCUGCUGGUUCCUCGGUGACUUUAUGUGUAAUCUCUAUUAUAUUCUAGAUUUCAUAAUUACAUCCUCAUCCGUAGGAAACAUGGUGCUCAUAUCAAUCGAUCGCUAUAUUGCCAUUUGUGACCCUCUGCACUAUUCUACAAAGGUGACUGUGAGAGGAACUAUAAUCUGCACUUGUCUAUGUUGGGUCUGUUCUGUUCUGUACAACAGUAUCAUUAUGAAAGAUAACUUGAAACAACCAGGCAAGUUUAAUUCCUGCUCUGGAGAGUGUGUGGUUGUUGUUGAUUAUGUUGCUGGACUUGCAGAUCUAUUUUUUUCCUUUAUUGGUCCUGUCACCGUCAUCAUUGUUCUGUACAUGUGUGUAUUUGUUGUGGCUGUGCUUCAGGCUCGUGUCAUGAGGUCUCAUAUUGCAGCAGUCUCGAUCAAAAGUUCAGUGACUGUUACUGCCAAGAAAUCUGAAAUGAAAGCAGCCAGGACUCUUGGGGUUGUUAUAGUUGUGUUUCUUUUAUGUCUUUGCCCAUAUUUCUGUGUAACACUCUCAGGACAGGACACUUUGCUCAACGCUUCAUCUGCUGCUUUUGUCAUAUGUUUGUUCUACUUCAACUCCUGUCUAAACCCCUUGAUCUACGCAUUUUUUUACCCCUGGUUUAGAAAAUCUGUAAAGCUUAUUGUUACUCUUAAGAUACUCAAACCUGGUUCCUGUGAGACCAACAUACUGCAAAGAGCACUGUGA